AGGCAACAAAGAAGACAAGACAUUUCAUGGAUCAGAGGGAGGAUGGCCAGGAGCAGCCGAAUACAACCAACAAACCAAGAAGAUAGGUUCUCAGCAUACCUGCAAAAUACCUAGGACAGGAUAAGGAAAACAUUCAGCAAAGAGAAGUUGAAAGGGGUUAUCCAGGAUGAGAAAAUCAGAGCUAAUUUCUUCUAAAAACUGCACCACCUCUGUCCUAAUGUUGUGUGUGACAUCGCUGCUCAGUUCUUCAAAAGCGAAUGGAGAAAACUUGUAAUACUACAUACAACAUGAGGACAGGUAUGGCGCUGUUUUCGGAAACAAAUUGCUCUGUUUUCUAUUCCCUUUUAGCAAACUCCUAGGAUCCAGAAACAUUCAUCUGAUGAACGGCACAGGCAGCAAAGAAGACAAGACAUUUCAUGGAUCAGAGGGAGGAUGGCUAGGAGCAGCCGAAUACAACCAACAAACCAAGAAGAUAGGUUCUCAGCAUACCUGCAAAAUACCUAGGACAGGAUAAGGAAAACAUUCAGCAAAGAGAAGUUGAAAAGGGUUAUCCAGGAUGAGAAAAUCAGAGCUAAUUUCUUCUAAAAACUGCACCACCUCUGUCCUAAUGUUGUGUGUGACAUCACUGCUCAGUUCUUCAAAAGUGAAUGGAGAAAACUUGUAAUACUACAUACAACAUGAGGACAGGUAUGGUGCUGUUUUCGGAAACAAAUUGCUCUGUUUUCUAUUCCCUUUUAGCAAACUCCUAGGAUCCAGCAACAUUCAUCUGAUGGACGGCACAGGUAAAAUCUGGUUGUUUGCACGAAGGGUUGGAGAAGGCGGUCGAUGAGCUGAGAAAGGUUAGAGCUCAGUGCUAUGACGUAAAGUGAGGCCGGAAGAAGCGCACACUGUGCAAAAUUACCGGUGAUAGGCUCUGAGUGCCCACACAUGUCUGCAGCCCCGGUCCGCCUGCUUUCUCCAAAUAGGAGCAUCGAGUCUCAUACCCAGCGCCUCUGCUCCUUACAGGCAAGAUGGAUCCUCGAUAAAUCUUCAAGGAGAUAACAUGGAGAACAAUGAUGCAUGUGCCCAGCGGUCAUCCAGCAUGGAAGAUGAGGAGAUGCCCAAUUCUUGUACGAGCAAUGGAGAUGUCUGGGCACCGCAGCAAUGGAGAAGUAUGGAGUCCAAUACUAAACUGAAUAUGGACUUACAGCUGAGCAAUGACAACUGUGAUCCUGACAACCUUGAAAGAACAGAUCCUUAUGAUGCCUAUGACUGGGACUCCGUCAGCAUCAUCCACAGGAAAAUGGAACUGUUUCCCAAAUGGCAACUACCAGCAAAAGUAUCAUUGUCUCUGUCUGUGCUCUUUUUUAUAUACACAUUCCUCCGAGAAGUUCUGCAUCCGUUUCUUGUACAUAACAGAAAUGAGUUCUACAGAAUUCCAAUUCUGGUGAUUAACAAAGUGUUGCCAGAUGUGGCCAUCACACUACUGACUUUGGCAUACUUGCCUGGAAUAUUAGCCACAAUUCUCCAACUUCACCGGGGCACGAAGUACCGAAGGUUUCCCCAAUGGUUGGACACCUGGAUGCUUAGACGAAAGCAGUUUGGACUGUUGGGUUUCUUCUUUGCAGGAAUGCAUGCCAUCUACAGCCUGUCCUACCCUAUGAGAAGGUCCUACAGAUAUAGACUUCUGAACUGGGCAUAUGAGCAGGUUCAGCAACAAAAAGAAAGCAGCUGGAUUGAGCAUGACGUAUGGAGAAUGGAGAUUUACGUGUGUCUGGGUAUUAUAGCUCUGGCUAUAUUAGCUGUAUUGGCUGUGGCAUCAAUCCCUGCUGUUGGAAACUCCUUGUCAUGGCGAGAGUAUAACUUCAUACAGAGUAAGCUGGGCCAUAUAGCGCUAUUCUUCUGCACGGUACAUACGCUGGUGUUUGCCUGGAAUAAAUGGGUGGAUAUAAAGCAGCUUAUUUGGUACACUCCCCCCACAUUCAUGCUGGUGGUCCUCCUUCCCUUGGUCGUCCUUCUCUGUAAAGCCGUAUUAAUGUUACCCUGCUUCAGUAAGAGAAUCCAGAAGAUCCGAUGCGGAUGGGAGUCCAGCAAAAGAAUGGGCAUCAAAUGUGUUCUUACCCGCUUGUAGUAUUUAUUUCCAAUAUAAUAUUUGUACAAUGUCGUCUCAUUGGCUUGUGUAGUAAGAAUGGUUCCUUAUACAUAAGAGACAAUUAUAACUAAUAGAAGAUUUGUGUAUCAUCCUCUAAGAAAUAGAGCAGACCCCUCAGAUAACAAAUGGGGCUGCAGUAUGCACGUUACCGAUGCUCCAUUCUGACGGGAGGUUCGGGAUCUCAUUCUUGAGAUCACAGUAGUCCUGUGGGUAUAAAAUAAGUCUAAUGGAGGGACAAGCUAUUUAAAGGGGUUAUUCGGCCAAAGAGCAGCACCUGCAUUCUAUACGGGCUGCGUCUCCAGUCUCAGAAAGCUCUUUGUUUUACGGUA